UAUAAAGAUAAGCGUGUAAGCAAUAAUACAUGUCUAUCACAUAUUCACAUAACAAAACUAAAAAUAGCAUUUGUCUCCAAAAACUUAGUAUGAUACAAAAAAAAUCUUAUUGCUUUCUUGGUAUUACUACCAUCUAUUUUUUCUAUGGCUUUCUUGGUAUUAUUACCUUUGCUUCUCUCACACAGUCGUCCUUGUGCCGCCACGACCAGAGAGAUGCUCUUUUGGAGCUACAAAAGGAGUUCGGUAUACCAACAACUUCAUGGAACACGAGCGUUGACUGUUGUUCAUGGCUUGGUGUUACUUGUGAUGAUAUUUUGGGAGAGGUGAGAUCACUAUAUCUCCGUGCCUCCAAUGUCACUGUCAACACCUCUUUGAAAACUCACAGUGGUCUUUUUAAACUCCAACAUCUUCGUGAGCUAGAUCUUUCAUUUUGCCAUCUCCAAGGUGAUAUUCCUUAUUCCAUUGGAAAUCUUUCCCAUCUCACAUCUCUUCGUCUUUCUCUAAAUAACUUAGUAGGUGAAGUUCCGGCUUCAAUCGGUAACCUAAACCAACUAAGAUACAUGGAUCUUUCGUGUAAUCAUAUAAGAGGUAAUAUUCCUACUUCAUUUGCCAACUUAACCAAGCUUUCUAUACUCUCCCUCUAUGAAAAUAAAUUCACUGGUGGGGAUAUAGAAGUAGUAUUAGCCAAUUUAACCGGCUUGACCGACAUAGACCUCUCCACAAAUCACUUCAAAUCCUCGUUUCCUUCAUUCUUGCUCAAGAUGUCUUCCUUAGUCAAGAUUGAUUUAGUUGAAAACCAAUUCGAGGGAACUCUUGAUUUUGGGAAUACCUCUUCAUCAUCUAAGCUUGAAGUGUUAUCUGUUGGCAACAACAAUUUUUAUGGGCUAGUUCCAGAAUCUAUAUCUAAAUUACAAAAUCUCAAUUCUUUAGAUCUUAGCAAGAACAAUUUCAAAGGGAAACUCCCUAGUUCCAUAUCCAAAUUAGAUCUCAAUUUCAUUGAUCUUUCCUACAAUAAAUUCGAAGGCCAAGUACCUCAUAAUUUCUGGAGAGUCCAGCUGAGACCGUCUCAGGUGGACUCGGGGUCUGUAAAGCUUUCUCAUAAUUCUUUCAACAGUUUCGGCAAACCAGUGGAAGUUACCGAUGGAGCAACGUUAGCAGAGUUGGAUCUUGGGUCAAAUUCAUUCCAAGAAACAUUUCCCCAAUGGAUAUGCAAGUUCAGACAUUUAACUCACUUGGAUUUGUCAAACAACCAUUUCUCUGGUUCAAUUCCUCAAUGUUUGAAGAACUUCACUGGUCUUCAAGUGUUAAAUCUCGGACGCAACAGUUUAAGUGGAUUCAUACCAGAUUUUAUUGCCUCUCCGUUUCCAGAUUUUAUUGGCGCUCCGUUACGCUCACUCGAUGUCAGCCAUAACAAUUUGAUAGGAAAACUUCCAAAAUCUUUGAUCAAUUGCUUUGAUAUGGAGUUUCUUAAUGUGAAAGGAAACAAGAUCAAGGACACGUUUCCUUUUUGGUUGGAAUCUCUACAACUUUUAAAUGUUCUCAUGCUCGGAUCAAAUGCGUUCCACGGUCCAAUCUAUAACCCUUCUGCCUAUUUAGGUUUUCCAAAUCUGCAGAUCAUUGACAUAUCCAAUAACAACUUUGUUGGAUCAUUGCCACAAGACUAUUUUGCCAAUUGGACAAUAAUGUCAUUGGUGUGGGAUGAGUCCGACAUCCCAGAGUUUGGAUAUAUGGUAUAUUCUGAAACUAUUGAUUUGGUGUACAAAGGAGUAGACAAGGAAUUUGAUCGGAUCUAUCUUGGCCUCAAAGCCAUUGACUUUUCUGGAAACCGGUUUUCCGGACAUAUCCCUGGAUCCAUUGGUCUAUUGAGCGAACUUCGUCUUCUAAACUUGUCAGGCAAUGCAUUCACAGGCAACAUCCCACCAUCCAUGACGAAUAUCACAAAGCUUGAGAUACUGGACCUAUCACGAAAUAACUUGUCAGGUGAAAUCCCUCGUGGUCUUGGCAAGCUCUCGUUUCUGUCAUACAUCAACGUCUCCCACAAUCAUCUACAAGGAUUGGUUCCACAGAGCUCACAGUUUGGAAGUCAAAAUUGUUCUUCGUUUAUGGAUAAUCCUGGACUAUAUGGCUUCGAAGAUAUUUGUAGAGAAAACAAUGUCCCUCUUUCUACAACGCAACAGCUCGAGGAGUCUUUGUCGGAACCGGAAGAGCCAGUGCUGAAUUGGAUAGCAGCCGCGAUAGCGUUCGGACCUGCUGUGUUUUGUGGAUUAGUGAUCGGACACAUCUUCACUUCAUACAAACACAUGUGGUUUAUAGCUAGUUAAGCUCAACGGUUUCGUCAAGUUUGUAUAACUCAAAUAACUAGUCGUUAAGUGUUUGUUAUUUUGUGGUUUCUAAUAAACAUUGUCGGUGUUAUAAGUUGUAAAAUCACUAGUAUGGAACUAUGGAUCACUAGUAUAAGUUUUUAUGUAUGAAUCCUCAAGUUUCUUUCAA